AUGUCGUCGCUGGGUGGUCAGCAGCAGCAGCACGGGCACGGCGAGACCAGGGCGCGGCUCAGGUGGACGCGCCAGCUGCACGACCGCUUCGUGCUCGCCGUGGCCCAGCUCGGCGGCGCAGACAAGGCGACACCCAAGUCCGUGCUGAGGGCGAUGGCCGUGCCGGGGCUCACGCUGUACCACCUCAAGAGCCACCUCCAGAAGUACCGGCUGGCGGUGAGCCGAGGCCUCGCCUCCCCGCUCGGCGACAACGGAGAUGGCACCAACGAGCUGUCGUCCUCCUCAGAGAGCCAGCCGGACGAGCACGAUGACGACACCGUCGCCGAGCCGCACGGUGAUUCUUCCAGGAGCAUGGCGCGGAUGCAGAGGGAGGUGCAGACGAAGCUGCAGGAGCAGAUCGAGGUGCAGCGGCACCUACAACUGAGGAUCGAGGCGCAGGGAAGGUACCUGCAGUCCGUGCUGCGCCGGGCGCAGGAGGUCCUCGCCGACGACCACAGCCUGUGCUCGCCGGCCGGCGCGGAGGCCGCCAAGGCAGAGCUCUCGGAGCUGGCCUCCGCGGUGGAGACCGGGUGCCUGUCCUCCUCCUCCUGCUGCUGCUCCCCGUCGCCGUCCCCGACGCGCCACCGCUCCGCCGACAGUUGCGUCACGUCCUCCGCCUCCUCGGAGGCCGAGAGCCAGGCCCCCGCCGCCGUCGCCAAGUGGCAGCUCCACACGUGCGCUGGUACUACGCGCGACUGCUCCGUCGAGCAGCCGCUGCUGCACGGCGAGUGUACAUUCCUGCAGAGGCACGAGGCAGAGGAAGCAGACGCUGGAGCAGAGGACGAGGACUGCACUUCAUCAGAGAUUGAUCUCAACAGGUAG